AUGGACGUGGAUAGUGGCUUCACCAUUAAAGGACCUGUCCCUAAUCCAGUCAAGGUGAGCAGGGCAAGCCUGGCCCUUGUGGCCUGCGGUGUUGGAGCACUUGUGGGCCUGUCAAUAGCAGCAGUGGUGCUCUUUGCUUUUAUCAUCACUGUCUGUGUUCUCUGUUAUCUGUUUAUCAGCACGAAGCCACGUAGCAAACUGGAUACUGGUUUAAGCUUACAGAUGGCAGACAAGCCCAAAGUCCUUGGCCACUCCUCACAAGACAUGCCUUGCAGCCCUUUCACCAGUUUUGUUGCCCUCUUCUGGACACAUUCCAGAUCCUUAACAUCCUUCUUCAGUUGUGGGGCCCAGAACUGCACACAGUACUCAAGGAUGACCUGUGACUGUGAGCCACAAGAACCUGACUCACUCUUCCAGAGGUGUUUCCUGGCUAUUACAGCUGCCGAUAACCAGAAGCCCAUGUGA